CAAACUUUGCGGUUAGUCUGCAUCUGGGGUGCGCAGAACGACCGGUUCUUUUGGUGGGUACUAAGAUGAACUUGGGAAUCAAGCAACUAGUUAUCAACUACGAUUAAGCACUAGCGAUCAAGGUACUUCGGGGGUUAAAAUAUACUUCAUUUAUCAGUGUGCAUCGAUUGACAAAGAGUGCACAAAAUGACGCCGAAUGUAAAGGACGAUGGGGCCUGGAAAGUAUCGGGAAUAUCGAGGAAUUAUCCGAGCUAUCGACAGCAUAGACCGAUUACCAGUGAAAGCUGGCUGGAUGGAAAAAUUGUCGAUGACGAGGCCGAAGGUCUUUGGCGCAUUAACGAUAAGCUCUACGACUUAAGCGACUUCGCCGCUCGCCAUCCGGGUGGUUCUUCUUGGAUUGAGUGCACCAAGGGCACGGAUAUCACAGAGCCCUUUGAGUCACAUCAUAUCGAGGAGCGAGCUCGAGGAAUGCUGAGCAAGUUCGAAGUGCGACAGGCUGCAAGGCCGAGGAACUACAAGUUUACUCUAAAAGAAAAUGGUUUCUACAUGACACUGAAGCGGAGAGUGCGUGAAAAGCUAAGGAAGAUCGAUUACUCUCCCACUAAGAAAACAGAGUUUCUCCAUCUUGGUAUCUUGGUGUCCGUCUUCCUCUUUAGUUGGGCAGGCACAGCUCUGGACUCAUUGAUCUUCAAGGGUUUGGCUGGAUUGGCCCUUUGCUGGGUGGCCACCUCGACCCACAACUAUUUCCAUCAACGGGACAGUUGGCGGAUGUACACUUUUAAUUUGACCAUGAUGAACUUCCGGAACUGGCGGAUUUCACACGCCCUAUCGCACCAUGUUUACGCUAAUUCUCUGCACGACCUGGAGAUGUCCAUGUUUGAACCUUUUCUAUGCUGGAUUCCGGAUCGUCAUUAUGCCAGUAAAACGCAGCGACUUAUCUCUGUGAUGAUCAGUCCGGUGGUAUACGUAGUCCUGUUUCAAGGACAAUUUCUCAUACGUUUGGUCCUUUCCCUGACUAAAGGAAACGUUCUGCACUGGGAUGAUCUCAUUGGAUUCGGUCUGCCCACGUUUAUAUAUUUAUCAACUGGUGUUGACCUGUUGAGUGCACUAAUAAGCUGGCAAAUAAUAAUUGCGGUUGGGAGCUUCAUCUUCGGAUUUAUUGGUCUCACUGCUGCCCAUCAUGAUCCUCGCAUUCUACACGAUGGGGAUGCCCAACGAAAGGACUUCGACUGGGGUCUUUAUCAGGUGGACACGAUUAUUGAUCGCGGAGACAUCAAGUGGUCGGAUCUUCUGGUGCUCACCCACUUUGGGGAGCAUGCUCUGCAUCACCUAUUCCCCACGCUGGAUCAUGGAGUGCUGAAGCACCUGUAUCCUGAGUUCAGGAAAACAAUGAAAGAGUUCCACGUGGAACUGCGGGAGAUCAAUCACUGGGGUCACAUUAAGGGACAAAAUCAGCAAUUGCUUAGAAUAGAAAAGAAUCCACUUCCACCGGGUAAUACAAAAUUUAAGCAGGUGGGGCUAUAAUUAUAACUGGGGAGGGAGAUGGUUUAAAUAGUUCAUCAUACCAAAUAAUAAUGAGUUAGUUAAGGAAAAGUCUAGAUAUAAAAAUAGGAGAGAUCUAUUAAACAAAAUGUGGCUCUCUGAUGUCUACGCAAUACGUUCUCUUAUCAAAAAAACUUUGUUCAAUUCUCUUUCUCUUUUUGUUAAGAGAACUUUUCGCAUUUUCGCUACUUUAGGUUGUUUGGUACGCAUAUUUACAAUAAUAUAAUUUAUGGUUGGGAUUAUGAGGUGCGUAAAGACCAAAAACCAACAACCUCUGAUACAUUUAUAUAUAAUAAGUUGAGAGAUCAGUAGGUGCUAUGAACGUGUAAUAAUUUUAUUUGAGUAGACCCACGUAAAUGGUUGUCUACUCCGAGUGACCAUUCGAUAAUAAGCUUUUGCUGAAUCACCCUGACAAAGUCAUUGGAAAACGCUUUGGAAACCCAAAAUAUAUGUUCAUUGACUUCUGAAUAAAAUGGAUUUGUCGAUCGACAAAUAAUGUUCGGAUUCUGUCAAUCAGGAACUCUUAUUGUAAGCUUAGGGUCGCAGCUUCUCAUGGGUUUUCUAAAAAGGUGCUAAAUACCUGGCAAGAAACGAUUGAUCAAUACCUUGGUUCUGACAUAAAACGCUUCGCGGUGUAUCCUGAGAUCAGUGCUAAUGUGUCAAACAUCCUCUAAAUGCUGGAAAAGAAGCAGGAAAGGAUAGCAUUACCGAAGCUCAGUACAUUGCUCGUUUUUGGGAAUCGAGAAACGCUGCUGCCACGGAACAACCAGGAUAUGGAUUGACCAUCGAUUUGUUCUCCUUUACAGAAGGCACUUUUAAAAUGAAUGAAAUAAAGUAGCAUUUAUAUAAGUAAAUCAAUAUUAUAUAAGGGGCAUUAUAUUUUAAUUU